AUGUUCUUCUACUCCAAGACCAUGGCGGCCUACUCCUCCGAGCGCGCUGGCGUCCUCCAGAUCCUGUGGCAAGCCCUCCAGCUUCCCACCAAGGCUGCCACCCUCUUCUUCCCCCUCUUCGCUCUCACUCUCUUCUCUUCCUCCUGUGUCUUCUACGCCAACUUCUCCUCUAUCUCUCCUGUCCUCAUGGACUUGGUCUCCAAGCUCCACAUCCUCCUCAAAGGCCCCGCUCCCGGCCCCGAGCUCUCCCACGUCCUCCUUGAGAUGAAAAAAGAACUCAAACAAGUCGCCGGCUCCGAGUCCAUCAUCACCCUCAUCUCUUUCUUCGCCUCCCUCUUCCUCCUCGUCGCCACCUUCUACACCUUCGCCAUGGCCUACUCCGGCACUUCCCUGACUCCCAAAGCACUCCUCUCUAGAGUCGCUCGCCGCUGGUACCAAACGCUUGUCACCAGGCUCUACGUCGUUCUCCUGAGCCUGGGCUUCGGACUUUUGUCUUCGCUUGUGAUCGGCACUGUCAUGCUAGUCUGCGAUGAUUCCACAUAUCUGGCGAGCUCCAGCGUCGGUCUGUGUAUUGUAGCGGCCUCCAUUUACAUUUAUCUGUGGACGAGGUGGUCGAUGAGCUUGGUGAUCACGGUGGUGGAGGAGACAUGGGGGAUCGGUGCUCUCUCGUGGUCGGUGGAGCUCUUCGUUGGCAACAAGAAGAAAGGUUGGAUUCUCACUUUCAUCCUGAUGCUGCUCAAGAUCGUGAUCUAUGGAGUUCUCGGGCUUCUCAUGAUGGCCGGGCCGACUCCGCCGUCGCCUCCACCACCGCCAUUGGAGGAUCAGCUUAGGAUUGGGUUUCUUGCGGCGACCGCUAGUGCUCUUCUGGACAUGUAUGCCAUGGCAGUGUAUACGGUGUUCUACUACGAGUGCAGGAAGAGCCAUGGCUUGGAUGAGAUGCUCAAAGUUCAAGAAGGAUUUAUGUACACCAGCUUACCUGCUGCUGUUGUCAAUGUUGAGGCAACUUUUCCAUGA